AUGUCAACCUUUCGUACAAUCGCAACUCUCCUCAGCAGUUUCGUGCUCAGCAGCCACGCUCGAAACAUAAACCUAUCCCUGAGCACCGAGAAUUGCUGCUAUCAAGUCGCCAAGGUCRCAUCUAGCAACAUUUCCAUUAGUUUCAGCGGAUAUCCCCUUUCUGCAUUGGGAGUGUGCUUCAACUUGAACGAGACGUUUAUCGAUCCCGCCGAGCGGACAGACUACAAUGACGACUUCCGCUGCCGACCAGGAGCACUAGAUUACACCUCCGAUAACCGAUCGAUAUCCCACACCGAAGGCUGUACCGGCAGUUUCAAUUCUGCAUAUGCACAGGAUGGUUUCAAUUACUCGGCCACAGCGUGGGAGAACUACGAUCCACAAGCAAAUUACAGUCAAGUCACCAUUUCCCAAUACAGGGGGUUCGAUCCGACUCGCUUCGAUUGCGGUACUGCCAGUGAGGAAGAUGAUGGUCCCGUUCAAGGCGAGUAUUGUAUAGUGCAGGACGAAAACCAGAACCCACGAGAUGGCAUUCAAAGUUUCAGGUUCUUGGAAUCACCGGAUUGGAAUUGGCGGAUGGGUUCUGAUGGACCGAGAUGUGUGAUGGGCGAGACUAUGCGCUCGUUGAGGAAUUCAGGUAGUCGAGCUGGUGCCAGUGUCGUGGCCAUGGUGCUUCUUGGAGUGGCUGAUGUGGCGCUGGCAUAG